CUGUGGGUAGAGCUUCAGUGCUGUUCCUCUGAUCUGAUCAUCAGUGUUCAGUUGUUAGACAUGAGAAAGGACGCUCAAGUGUAGCGUGGGAAACUUUAUUUCACUUUAGUGAGUUUGAGAACUUGGCCGAAACUUUCUGAAUAUCUGAACAGAAGAAUGGAGCCGAUAACAAAGUGGACACCGACUCAGGUUGUGGAUUGGAUCAGAGGGCUGGACGACAGUCUCCAGCAGUAUGUUGCUAACUUUGAGAGAGAGAAGAUAGAUGGAGAGCAGCUUCUGAAGAUUUCGCAUCAGGAUCUGGAGGAGCUGGCGGUGACCCGCGUCGGCCAUCAGGAGCUGAUUCUGGAGGCUGUGGAUCUCCUCUGUGCAUUGAACUGUGGUGUGGAGACUGAUAACUUGAAGACUCUGUUAGGUCAGAUGCGAGCAGCAUCCAAUAACUUGCACAACUGUGCAUCAGAGCGCAGGAAAAAUCCAUCUUAUGAUGGAGGAAGUCCAAACAAACCACCUAAUGUGUUCCUCACCGCUGUGGUGGAGCUGAUAGGGGCUGCCAAGGGCAUGCUGGCCUGGCUUGACAGGACUCCCCUCACAGGAAUCAGUGAUUUCGCCUCAACGAAGAACAAGAUCAUUCAGCUCUGUCUGGAAUUGACCACAACUGUCCAGAAGGACUGUACAGUGUUUGAAAUGGAGGAGAAGAUAUUAGAAGUGGCACGGGUUUUGACUGGCAUUUGUGACUCCACCAUGAGAAUGACCUCUGACCCCUUGAAGACUCACAUGACCUGUUUGGAGGAAGUCCCCAUCACCAAUAUCAAACCAGGCGAGGGACUGGGAAUGUACAUCAAAUCCACUUACGAUGGGCUGCACGUCAUCACCGGAACCACAGAAAAUUCUCCAGCAGACAGAACUCAGCGGAUUCAUGCAGGUGAUGAGGUGAUACAAGUCAACAGACAAACAGUGGUGGGCUGGCAGUUGAAGAAUCUAGUGGAAAAGCUCAGGGAAGAUCCUCAGAAUGUGACACUGACGGUGAAGAAAAGGCCAUCAGGUACCUGUGGCUUCACACCGGCACCACUGAAGAACAUGCGCUGGAGACCCCCUGUCGUCCAGAGCCCAUCCUAUGUGCCUGCUGCCCAGUCAUCCAGAAAUCCUGUGCAAAUCUCUGUCAAGCGGCCAGAGAAACCUGCAAUUUUAGAUCUCUAUAUCCCUCCUCCUCCUUCCAUGCCAUACAGCCCACGAGAUGCAGAGACAAGUGAAUGUGCAGGUGUGAAGAUGAGACCAAAAGGUUCAGAGUCGCCCAACUCAUCUCUGGAUUUAGCUAGUAGACGGCGUUCAAAUAUCAGCGACUACAAUAGCAAACCUAGUGUAAAUCCAGCUGAGGUCGUCAUCCCACAAGCACGACUGAGACAGCGGACUCCAUCUCGAGGAAAGCCACGUCCCAUGUCCAUGCCAGUAGACACUUGCCUGGGCGUGUCGGACUCUCCCUCUAGACCCUGGGCUCUUGGAAGGAAAGGUGAGGAGGUUUUGCACAGGUAUCUGAGUAACGAACAGAUCCCCACCAUCUCAGAAGAGUCACCCUGUUACCCACUGCCCUACCGGCCCACAGGCGAACGGCAACUCGUCCGAGGGGUCGACCACAUCCGCGGCAGCCAGUGUUUCAUCAAUGCAGACCUACACGACAGCGCCACCAUACCCUACCAGGAAGCUGUGGCACGGAAGCCAGCAACAAAAUCUUCCAAGAGACCACCCUCAGAACCCUCACUGCUCAGCAGCUGGAUCGCUCGACUCAAGCUGCUCACACACUGAAUGCCGCUGGUUGUCUGCCAUCCGUGUGCAGUAUUAUCAUUUAAAAUCUGGAAUGUUCCACAGGAUCUGAGACCAGGAUCUGUGGAAAUUCAGUUUGGCCAGUAUUAAAGACAUCCUCGGUGUAAUGCCUGUUACUUUAUUCAAGGUUUCAUCAGCAGUAAAGACUACUGAAAACUCUAUUCCUCUGAUAAAUCAGGUUUUUAAAAGGAUUUUCACUUGGAACUGUGUCAUAAGUUAUUUAAUUUGUGCAUAUAUUGUAUAUUAUAGAUACUGGUCCAACUUAUUUUCCACUUGCUAAAUAGCUUCUCUUUUUUAAACAUAUGCCUUAUGUAAGUUAAAGCUAUUUCCUAUCUGAAAUAUAGAGAAGAUAUGGGCAAGAUUUUUUUUUUUUUUUUUUUUAAAUAAGUGUCCUUCAUUAAUAAUGUGCACAUUGACAUGUUAAUAAGGCAAGAAAGUUCUUGUGAAAUACCAAAUGUAUGAUUCAUGUUUGGGAAAUUUUCAGAAUUUAAAAUUGAACUUUUGACGCUCUACAGGAAGUUGGAAUGGACUUUGAAUUGGAAUGACAGGAAGCUGAAUUUACUGAAAUGCAAAGUAAUAAUUUCAAUGGUCCAAGACGAUUUGACUAAUCAUGGCUGAUAAGUAGAAUAUACAAUAUUCUCAACUGAUUAGACAUAUUUCUCACUCUGCACUUUCAAAUUAACAGUCAAAAGUUUUUCAUUUUGUCAUACAGCACCACUUUAUUGAGGUCGGUAAGAACUUUUUUAAAGGAAAUUAAUACUUUUAUUCAGCAAGGAUGCAAUAAAUUGAUCAAAAGUGACAGUAAAGACCUUUACGUUGUUCCAAAAGAUUUCUAUUUCAAAUCAAAGAAUCCUGAAAAAAAAAAAAAAUGUAUCUCUGUUUCUUUUAACAAUUUUAUUGUUAUUAACUGUGAUAAUAUGUUACAAUAUCAACAUAUUAGAAUGAUUUCUGAAUGAUCAUGUGACACUGAAGACUGGAGUAAGGAUGCUGACAGUUCAUCUUUGCGUCACAGGAAUGACAUUUUAAAAUAUAUUAAAAGAAAAUAGUAACUUAAAAUUGUAAUAUUUCAUAAUAUUACUGUUUUUAUUUUUGAUCAAAUAAAUGCAGCCCUGAUUAGCAUAAGAGACUUCUUUUACAAACAUUAAAAAAUCUUACCGACCACAAACUUUUGAAUGGUACUGUGUGUGUUAUAGGCUACUUUAUUUUUUGUAUAAUAUACAGUUUAUUCUGCUCAUUCCAUUUUGAUUUGACUUCCUUAAAUUCAUAUUCAAAUUACAUAGGCUGUCUGCAUCCCGUUUGCUACCUCAAUUCAAAUUCAGGAAUUGGCAAUGUGAAUUCAACUCUGAAUGGCAGAGAACCCUGGUGAGUAGAUUUAGCCAUUUCAUAGCGUGAAGUGUCUGCUUUCAAAAGACUUCAAUUGUGCUACAGUAGCACAGUAAUAAAGUCUGACACCCUUUUUACUUUACUAACUUGCAUUUCAGUGUGCAAAUUACUGACUGUCUUACAUGAUAUAAAUGGUCUUCUGUUGCGAACUUUAUUUAUGCUUAAAUCAUUUCAACAGUAUCAGAUGCAAACAAACUGAUAAACAAGAAAGCUCGAGUCUUAAAACCACAGACUACUGUAACACUAGAGCAAGUCAUAGUUUUGAGCAAGAUAGGAUACUACUUGAUGCUCGUUUAUGUUGUCAAACUCUGUUAAUAAAGAAUGCUAUAAAUGGGAAAAUCCUCUCAUACCAUG